AUGUAUUUAUCGACGUCCAUCAUCUCCGUGGUCAUCUACACAGUACAAGCAAUCAUUAUCAUCGUUGGAAACACGUUCACUAUCUUUGUCUUCUGGACUCAGAGAUCUCGCCUAAAACGAACUUAUUUUCUCUUGAUCAACCUCGCAAUCGCCGACUUUCUUGUGGGGAUUACAGAGCUAACAGUCUUAGGAACCGCUAUAUCACAAAUCACGACAGAUGACUACGCAGUACUAAAGCAAAGCCAAUCAUAUCCCUUCGUGGCAUUCGUCCUCCUAUCAUCAAGUACCUCCGUUUACUUUCUGGCGCUUAUCUCCUUGGAACGAGCUUUCGCUGUCUUAUGGCCAAUCCGCCAUCGCAUCGCAAACAGUGGAGUUUACAUCAAAAGCAUCCUUGUCGUGUGGACAAUUGGACUGUGUUUCUUUGCUUUAACUCUACUCUCCUUCCAUUGCCCAGAAGUGAAAAAGAAAUACGUUUUCGUGUGUACUAAUACAUGUCUUCUUAUUUCUCUCUUGGUUAUCUGUGCCAGUUAUCUUAAAAUACACAAUCGAUUACGUGCACCAUCACCCGAGCUUGAUAUCCAUACCAAUCAGCUAAGAAAACGCAAUGUGCGGCUUUCAAAAACACUUUUUAUCGCAAUUGCUUCAUCGCUUGUGUUCUGGACGCCGGCGUUUGUUGUCUACUCAACGAGAGAAUUAUGCCUGCGAUGCAUUCCUGAUACUGUGGUGCCCUACGUGUAUGCCCUACAUCUGGCAAAUUCUAUGAUGAAUCCUCUCGUCUACAGCUUCAGGAUGCAAAUUUUCAAAGACAUCCUGAAGAAAUUUUGCAGCCGAAAACGACAUAACAUGGAAAUGAGAGCUACACCGCAAAACACAGUGGAUUUAGCUUGGAGAGUUUCUUUCACUCCAAAAACGCAUGAGGCAGUUUCACCAACUAUUUUAUCAACUUCUGGCAAUGAUGAAAAAAUACAUUAAACGCGCACACACACUCAUCCAAACUAAUUGUAUGAAGUUUAGGUUGGAGAAUCCUAACCUAAUAGUUUGCCACUUAAUUGCGCAAUUCUCGACAGUUUAUAACUCACUGAACGGUAAAUUGAAAGAGAUAUACUACAAACGUUCUUUUUGACGGUUUAAAAAUGAAAUUGUGUAGCCUUAAGAUUUAUCACCUAAACGUAUUCAAAAUAAAAUCUGAGUAAACAUAAAGCACUCAAAAUGUAAAUCCAAUGUGUGAUUAUUCUACAUGGAAGACUAAAUACUCGUUGGAACACCAGGCGACAGAUUAAAGUUUAGUGUUUGUGGAGCUGAUAACUGAAAGCUUUUAAGGUUCUGGAAGUCUGUAAGUACUUAUAAAUUAUUAUUGAAUAUAUCAUAUACAAGUAAGUCUUUAACUUAAAGAGAUAAAUUUGAAAAGAGGGCCUUUUCAUGCAUUUCGUGACACCCCCAACGCACGGUGAAAACUUUAAAUUAUGAAAUGAAUAAAUUUAAUUUUUGUUUUCUCUCUUAUAUUUAUGAUAACAAGAAUAAAUAGAUAUAUGAAAUAUAUUUAAAGAAAAUAAAACCAACGUAAUGUUUCUCAUAUCAUAACUCGAAAAUAUAAUUUCCAAAAUAGGAAUACUUUUAGGACAGAUUUAACGUAUGAGUGAGUUGUUGUUGUAGUCUAAACGUGAUACACUGUAUUAAAGGGGCAUUGAGUAACAGUUUGAGGUUUUUGUUAGUAAGGUAUAGUUUGCUAAUGCGCCCAGUGGACCUGAUGGCAUAUUGGCUACAUUUCUGCAUAUCUCGUUUAGUUGUCUAGAAUAAAUCCAAGAUUACGAACUCUCUCAGUUAGUUCAACGUCAGUACUGUCAAAAGAGAGCUUCUCAAUGUUAGGCGUCUUAGUAUAUCGGGAUGUGAACAAUAUAAGCUCUGUCUUCUCAUCAUUUGUCACAUUUUUUCCUGGCAUAUUCUGCGUGUUCCAUUGCAUUUCAUCCUCUAUACAAUUUUGGAGGGCAGUCAGGGUCAGAACCUGAUUUGCAGGAUCGAUAGCUAUAUACAGUUGAGUGUCAUCUGCGGAAAACAAAGAGUUCUGGGCCCGGUUGCAUAAAACGUCCGUAACAACUACGGGUACACGUACGUGCACUCGUAACUUAAGUCAGUUGCAUGAAAUCACUUAAGUGGUCCACUUAGGGAAUUCACUUAAGUGGUUGCACUUACGAUUUUCGUAAGUGUUCACUUAAGUGUCGUUUAUGCAACAGAAAUUGCGGGUGUUGCAUAAAAAGAUUUUUACGGGAAAAAUAGGACGUAAAUUUACGGGACCUAUGUAGGUCCCGUAUCGUCACUGUUUUUACUAAAUUUAACGAGAUCUUUUACUGAGAAGUGAAAAAAAGUAUUUUUCUUCACGUAAUUCGUUCUAAUGCGCUUUGUUAACCUCUGAUGUACACUUUUGUGAAAAAAGAAGAAGAACUAUCAUUUUCAGUAGAUAUUGAAGAAAAAUAACGUUUGCAUGCAAAUUUCAUUUUUUGAGAGGCUUAAAAGUGUUGGAAACGACUUUUAACUUUCUUUACACUCACCGAUGGUUAGCUUAAAAAAAAAAAGUGAAUCGUUAAUAAAGUACUAUAGCAAGGUUACGUGUGCCCUUAAGUGAGCCCGUAAGUUACCACGUAAAACAGAAACUUACGAGAGUGCUAAGUGUGUUCCAUGCAACACCCUUAAGUGUACCCAUAACGGAUUCGUAAGUGACCUACUUAAGUGAGCACUUAAGUGCAGGUUUUAUGCAACCGGGCCCUGGCCCCGGUUGUUCAAAAGGUGGAUAGCGCUAUCCAUCGGAUAAAUGUCUAUCCACUGGAUAGCGCAAUUGGUUUCCCUAACACUUAUCCGCUGGAUAGUGAUUUAUCCGGUGGAUAGCGCUAUCCAUCUUUUGAACAACCGGGGCCUGGUUAUGGCGAGCAAUUACAUCCUGUAAAAAAAAGGCGGAAAGGACGGCAAUAUAGAGGGUGAAAAGCAGCGGUCCAAGUGUAGACCAUUGUGGGACGUCAUAACACAGAGCGUGAGGAGUGAACAUUUAGUCUCCAAUUACUAUUGAGAAGGAGUUCUGGUUAAGGCGAGCAGUUACAUCCUGUGGAGGGCCAAUAAAAAGGGUGAAAAGUAGCGGUCCAAUGUAGACCCUUGACACAGAGCGCGAGGAGUGAACACGUGGUCGACAAUAAUUAUUCAUUGCUGGCGGUUUUCAAGGUAGCAUCUGUACCAGUUGCUGCCACCUUCUAAAUCACUUUGCUAAGGAAAGGAAUAUCAGCCAACCCCCUGUAGGUCUUAAGAAUCUCCUUGUCGAGGUAAGUAAGUAAUCGGUUUAAUAACAGGGUUUCCACAUUGUGGCUAAAUAAAAAUAUGUAUCAAAUAUUUACAAUACAAAUAUACUAUAAAAAAGUAAUAGAACAAAUAACGAUCAAAAGAGAAAGUAUUUACAAUGAUCGUAUUAAUAAAACAUAAAGUACAAUUAAGAUAAGCUGGCCUGUGCCCGGUUCUUUAGAAAAGAAUUUAAAAAUGCGCGAACUAAAUAGACUAAAAUCGUCACAUUUCUUAAGAUUAAGGUUAUUCUUUUUCAGACGUGAACGAAAAAGUCAUAAGAUAGCUUCAAGAAAACUCCCCUGCUGACAGAGUCCACUAAUUGACUAUGCUAGUUAUGAUAGAACGUAAUUCUUUAUUACGUAGGCAGGAAGUGGGUCAAUGGAACAGAUUUUUGUGGAAAGAGACUGAAUGGUGUUUUUAACGGUAGAGCAGGAUACAGGCAUCAAGUUAAAUUCUUGAGCCAAAAUCGGACCCUGAGAUUGCAUUGAAUGGCUGACUGCAUUUCCCGGAGUUCAUUCCUAAUGGCUUGGAUUUUUCAAAUAAAGAAGUCGUUGAAAUUUUCAUUCAUUGUUUCCAAAGACGUUAUAAGAGGGCAAGGCUGAACUUUAUACCAGGUUGAAACAGUUUGUCGAUCAUUAAUAAUAAGAAAAAGAUUAUUUCUUCCUGCCUGCUCCAUCCUUAUAGUUUUGUAAUAAGACGAUUUCUGAAAAUAGGACAAUUUAUGAAGCGGUCAUGUUAUUAAAAAUAAAAAAAACACCUUUUAUUCGAACAAAAUAAUAAACAAAAUAAACAAGAAAGACAUAAGCAUCGUCAGAUCAAAUCUUUCUAGCCUCAACAAAGCCGUCAUUCCGUGGACUAAAUCCACGGAUGCCCUACAAAAUCGUUCGUCUAAAUAUAUAGCUUAUUAAUCAAAAGCGUUUUCUUCACAGCUCGUUUGAAGCCAAAAUAGUCUGAAAUUGACGUCGUUUUCCCUCAAAAGUCAAUGGUCUUUUACAGCAGACAGUUGAUCAUAAAGUGUUCGCAUUAGGGAAGGUUUACUGUCUAUGAGAAUCUGUAAAUUGGGCAAGAAACAAUGACCGUUGUCUGCAUUAACUGCAACCUCGUCCCCAGGGCUUUUCCCUUAAAAAAUGGGUGGGGCGGCCCUGGCAUCGGCUGGUCACGUGUCCCCUCGUACACCCUAAAAUCCUGGGUGUAAUAAAUUAGCGCUAAGUGAAAAGCUAAAAUAUGCGUAACUUCACAGCGCGCGAUCUUGGGCGGCCUCUUAUAUCUCUUGACGAUUAACGAAAGGUUUUACAAGAUUUCCUUUUUGUCACAGAUACUGGCCAUGGUAAUUUUUUGCUUUCCUUUGAUUUCCCUGAAGGGGCCAGCGAGUAACAUUUGUAAAACUUCUGUUUAUAGAGCGGUAUAAAUGACAAUCAAGCCAGCUACGUAUUGGAAAAGUCCGCUUUCUCGACUCUUCUGAUAUUUUAUUUCAUUUCUUCCGAAGAGGGCCGCCGUACACAGCCUAGUUCUAUUCAUCUUAACUCUCAGUCAUAUCAUAGCGAUACGCGUUGGUUUAGACUUAGCCUGUAUGACCUGUAUUUUAAAAAAUUCAUUGACCUCUGCGAUCAAACGACUGGCAACAAAUUAAAGAAAGACUUGGGUCCAUUUCAAAUUGACAGAGCUGUAGAUGAUUCCAAUCGAUCAGUUAAUCUUCCGUUUGAUAUAAGUAAAAUCCUUUGUACUUAUCCUCGGAAGAGAAAAGAUAUCAGAGGUCUUCAAAUGUUUCAGAUCGGCGACCUGUCAUCGUUCCUGGCUGGAGAGCUGACUUGCAUCCGGCGCGGAGAUUUGUUUGUUUCUUGGUCGGCUUGUAGAGAGGACCAGAAUCCAUAAAGCAUUUUGAUGAACAAUUCUAUUUCAAUCAAGUUCAAUCCUGGAGGCAAAGGCCCGCAUUGUUGUUUGACGUUGGACAAAAUCACUUUCGACUUGAUCGUACAGUAAUUCCACAGUUACGAUGAAGUUCAGUCAAAGUACUAGUCGAUAACAGCUUGUCUCAACUAUGAAGCAUUUGAUAUAUUUUGUGCGUGACAACGUAGAGCCGGUACGCCCUUUCAUAAACUUAUAGCAUUUGAAUAAUGCUCAAUUAAAUGGAUCUUGAGCUUUUGAAUCUCACACACGCGAAAAUAUUGACAUAGUUUGCGAUGCGGGUUGCACAUAAAUUAGCUUCUCAGGAAUAUUUAGGCUGUGCACGUGACCAGCCGAUGCCAGGACCUUUUCCCGCCCCACCCGUGUUUUAAGGGAAAAGCCCUGGGGACGAGGUUGCAUUAACUGGGAUCCGUAUUAAGUGGGUUGAAUUUAGAGAAAAAGAAAAACGAGUGUCCGUAAAGCUUAGUUCGACUGUAUCUGAGGAAGGAUAAAGGGUAGUUAUAACAGGUAAAUGCGCUUUAUUUCCAAUUAUCCAUUAUUUACCUUCUUUUCUCUUGCAUUACUUUUCUGUUUCGUUUUUAAUUUCUUUUUAUCUUCGACAUUUGCUGAGAUACGCACGUCUUAAUUUUCUCCUGGUAUUAACAACACAGCUUGCGCAAAAGGGUAAUCAAUCCGAAAAAGCGCCGUCUUUGCGCCGCUGGGACGCAAGACGCUUAUAGAUGCAGAUCCUUUCAAAAUUUGCAGAGACGCGUUUCGUAUUGUUUAGGGAUUCGUCUGGGUUAUUCUACAGUGGAUUCAGUAUAUCCGGGUGCUGCGUUCAAAUUUUGCUGGGUAACCCAGCAUCUGGCAUCCUCAUCAAGCAGCCUCGUACCCAGGCCAGUUCUCGCUACCCGAGUUACCAGAGGAUGCUUGGAACCGAGUGCGAGACGUCACAUCCGAAAUCGCCGAGGACGACUGAGAAGGAGGCCGUUCAUUAAGCAGUAAUAAGUUACUGCUGGGCAGUUUCAGGCUCACAUUUCGCCUAAGCAGGCUACGACUCUCUUCUUCCAAAAAAAAAAAAUUAAAUUUGCUAUCACGCCCUUUGGAACAACGCCUUUUGAUGAAAUCAUGUUCACCUUCGAAGCGUCUCAGUGCGACAGCUUAAUAGACCAAGCCUUUUUUAAGCACGCUUCUUUUUCGAUGACAGCUAGGGGACCUUGAAAGGUUUUGAGGAUUGCACAAAGUCCUCUAACAUUAGUACCUUGAAAAUCCGUAUUUCCAACUUGCAAUAAGUUCCAAAAUAAUGUAUAAUUAUUAUAUUUAGUAAUUCUAUUAACUGUGAAUUUAAUUGUGACUCAUUAUUUAGCGAGAUUUUUCAAGAAAAAACAAGUGAUAUUGCAUUCAGUUAAAUUCUGGCAGAUUUUACCAUUUUCGCAAGAUUGUUUGUUUUAUUUUGACAGAUUUGACUUUUAUUAACUGCCUUUAUUGAACUUUACAUUUUCGCUUCAUCGAUCGAGUAAAUUUUGAAAUACAAAUAAUAGAACUUAGCCGUGAUGCCUAUCAUCAUAUGAAAUAAUAAAAAAAUAAGCAUAUUUUUCCUUAAAGACUUAUUUUCAUUUGAAUAAUAAUAGUAAUAAUAAAUAAAAAUAACAAAUCGUACUAUGAACCUCGUUUCUUUGAGUAAAGAGCAUACCUGAGGACGUGAGAGGUAUUCACAAAAUGUACAACUGAAAAGAAAAACAAGUGGGCCGGUGAUAUACGAUUUAUAAACCCUAAGCAAACGUACUAUAAUGAAAAGGAUUAUAACAAAUUUGAUUCAGUUAAACUGUUAAUCAUAACUAUGACAAAAUUGUCAAAUCUGAUUGGCUCUCAACUGCCCAGAUUUCAGCCUUAAUUGGACAGUUUAAUAGGACAGUACGCGUCAUGCCUAAGUAAUUGGACAGUACGCGCCAUCACGCGCGCGCUUAAAUGGCUUUUUUUUUCACUGCUAGCAAAACAAAAUUUCGAAUUUCUUGUGUUUUGGUUUAAAAAAUAGCCUAUUGUAUCACAAAUUUUGUUAAAGUUAUGAUUAAAUGGUAACAGAACUUCGUGUCGUCCUAGUCAGUCUGUAAUCAUACUCGUGAUUAAACAAAUCGGACUCCCACUACGCGGUCGUCCGAUUUUGUUAAUCACUCGUAUGAUUACAGACCGAAUUGGACUCCACUCAGUCCUGUUACCAUUACUUAUUUUUUUAGUGACUUCUCGGUACUUCUUUAGGGUCACUCUAAAUAUUUUGAGAUCAAUAUAUCACUAAUCCCCUCAGUUGGGGAGCCAAACGACUCGUAGCUAUCUCCCUAAACUUGUAUUGCAUAUGUUUGUGCGAUAUUCAAACUUUGUGCAGCUAUAUCAUAAUUAGUAGCGCGUUGUUUGAUAGUGAAAUGGCGUCUAAACAAAUACUAGGCGUGUAACAAUAUAGAGGGCCACUGGUUUAUCAGCUUUUUUUGUUAUGUGUUUACCUUCUUUUUAAUAAAGUUGACUGAUUGAUUUAUAUCUAAUAUUGUAAGGCCAAAAACUAAUACAUUACCGUACAACAUGAUCACCACAGUCACAGAGUCUUGUUCCUGAAAAAAAGGGAAAUAAAACCUAAGUGUCAAGGUAAGGAAGUCACACAAAAUGUCCUCAUUUUCAAUGUUAGCUGACAAAAAUGUAAGAUUAUCAAAUUAGUCAACGUGGCCAGAUGCGAAAACUGAAGUUAUGGUCGGUAUAAACUGAAUAUGCUUUUAGGUUUUACAGCGGCAGGCUUGUAUAACCUUUUCAGUUUACUGACACUAGGAGCUGUUGGUUCUGGGAAAUGCUUCACAUGCAGAUAUUAAUUUUCCCGUUAGCAGACAAAGAAUUGAACACUGUGCCUAACUAAUAGCCAAAUGUAAUUAUUAGACCAACUGAGUUUACUAUGAAGUAAUAAUUGAGUUAGUAACUAAAUUUUAUGCUUCAUCCGUGCGAAAUAAUUAUAUUUCUCGGUUCCAAUAAGCCAAAGAGGCGCGUAGUGCCGAGUUCGCUAUAACUAUCUCAUAUCCAACAAGCGCGAAUGAAAUAAUUGUUUUAUUAAUUUUUUUUUAAACUCCAAACGUCUGGUUAUUACAACAGAAUUUUAGAAGAUCGAAAUCACAUGAUAUGUGUGCCGUUUGCGAACAUAGUUGAAUGAAAAUCUGAAAGGGAAGGACACUGUGCUUAAAUUAUUCUCGACAAGUACUGUUUUCGCUUUCCCUCGCCGUGACUGUGGAAUUUGAAUUGACGCUGGAUAGGGCGACCUGAUCGCUCGCCAAUUUCGUUUUCUUCCUCCACUGAAUCGUAGCUGCACAAAGGCCCAGCUUUAUUAAUCAAUUUGUUGUUGUUGUUCAAUGGAAAGCCGCUCGUUGUAGGAUUCAAUAGAGGCCCGUUAUGGACUUGCGAAAGUGUUAAGAGGUUUACAAGCUCUUUAAACACGCAAAAAAUCUGCUAAUAGUUUUCAAAACUUACUCCUGCAAGGACUUGCAAGCAAUCUGAAAAAAUUUAAGGUAAACUUUGUUGUUGGUGGUGGAUUGUUGACUUGUUGUUGUUGUAAUCCGCUCGACGUAAGGAAGAAUAAAACUUGUUAUUUCUUUAAAUUUGCCAUAGAGAUCCGUACAAUUAAACAAUUUCAACCUAAUGUUUGUCGCUGCCGGUAUGCAUUUUGUCUUGUCGGUAGAAACUCGCGAAAUCUACUUCUUUUCGCCACUUUGUCCUAGCGUUUUCCAUAUUAGGUCAAACAAAAGGUAACCGAGAUUGGGUGAACCAAUCAGAAUGCUAGACAUGCAUUAAUUAUCCGAGGUUGAAAAUUUAAUAAUUUGGUUUAUCGCUGUAUCAAUGUCAGGCACGAACGGCAACUUUCGGUCAAACAAAUUAGAUCAAUACAUUAUAACACUCAGUUGCACUCUUCUUUGCAGAAAACUAAAAGAGCAAACACAUGUUUCUCACUGUGUCCAUUACGUUUGUGGUUAUCUUUGUACUAGAAGCAAUCAUUAUCAUUACUGGAAACACGUUCACUGUAUUUGUCUUCUGGACACAGCGAACCCAUCUCAAGCGAACAUGCUUUCUUCUGAUUAACCUUGCAGUCGCAGAUAUGCUUGUCGGGAUCGCAGAGGGCAUUCUUCUUGGGAGGGAAAAAUUUCCAGGAAUGGCAGGGAUUGCAAGUGAUGAGGGAAAAGUUCAGUGGAAAAAAAAUCCUGGGCCAGCGUUUCAACUCUUCGCCUCAAGUGUAUCCAUAUAUUUCCUCGCGCUAGUCUCUUUAGAACGCGCUUUCGCCGUGCUGUGCCCGUUCCGUCAUCGCACCACAAAAACUCGAUUUUACAUUUACAGUGUAAUUGUCAUCUGGGUUAUUGGACUUUUUACGCUCGGCCUUUAUUUGGUAGCCUUAUAUUACCCGCCAAAAGUAAAGAGAGAACAUGUUAGUGUCACCGUUCACUCUUGUCUUUUGAUUUCAUUGUGUGUGAUCUGUGGCAGUUACCUGAAAAUACGCAAUCGACUGCGAUCACCUGCACCCGAACUCGACGUUCUAAGUCGUCAAUCUGCUGAGCGCAAUCUACGACUUUCAAGAACAAUUUUUGUUACAAUUGCUGUAUCCCUUGUGUUCUGGAUACCAGCUAUUGUUGUGUACAUAACGAGAGACUUAUGCCAUCGAUGUUUUCCGCCAACCAUGAUUAUAACUGUGAAUGCUUUGCAUUUGGCGAAUUCGAUGGUGAAUCCAUUCGUCUACAGUUCCAGGAUGCAGAUAUUUAAAGACGCGCUGAAGAAGCUAUCGCGAAAAAGACGACAAAAGGUGGAUGUGAGUUCCUGUCCCAAAACAAGGAAG